AUGCUAUUUGCAGCCUUUCGAUGGCUGGAUCGACGAAAAAGCGAGACUGGAGAGACGAGAGAAGAAGCUCGUUCAAGUUUGGUCGGGAAAAAUGUUGGUUGGCGCUCAGACGUGCAGACUGAAAUCGAAGACGCGGCCUCUUUUUCAAACAAAGGCAAUGAUGUGCCGCCAUUGGAAGAAGUGUCGGAAUCUGGGACCUUGACUCGCAGAGUAUGUAUUCUGGGACUCGCAGCAAUGUGGCUCACUGGACUGGCCACGAUCAUAUACGGCUCAAUCGUGCAGUCAUCAACGAACGACACACACGACCACUGGGGACCUUCAUUCACCCACAAACGCGCAAUCGGACCGUUUGUGCAAUUGGCCAUGGCCUUUUGGAUCACACUCCUCACCGACAUCGCCGGCUUGGUUCACUCGACGAGCCUCCGGUUCUCACUCCUCGCUCGUCGCAAAUUGACUUUCAAUUCCAAUCUGCGCCUUUUCACCAGCUGUCCAAAUUCGGUUGUACAUUCCUGGCCGGUCAACGUCAUCUGGGGAUGGUCUCUCAUCUCAUCGUACGCAUGUGGCUCGAUGGUGAUCGUCGAGUCGGUAAAACAGUAUUCGGAUCCAGGUGAACUUGGGUUUCACACGUACGAUAUCGUGUCUGGUUACGCUCUCAUAUUUCUUGGGUUUGGGUUGCUGGGUCAAGCCUCUAUCGCAACUUGGGCGCUUGUGGUCUGCAAGUUUUCAACGUGGUCGACGAAUCCCAUCAACACCGCAAAAGUCUGUCGAGACCUGGGAUGGUUGAAGCCAUUGACGAGACGGACGAUGUUGAGUGUCCACGACACACAAACCCUCGGACUGCACGAUUCUCCAUCGCUACCGAAAGUACGGCAGGGAUCGUUGUUGAAGGCUCAUUCGAACGUUCGGCGAGCUCUCAUCUUUGUGUGGGCGGUCACAGCAGUCGCCUUCCUGUGGUUCAUCGCGGUGACGGUGGCCUACCAGGUCGGCGGGCAAUCCAUAGGUCCCUCUUGGGGCACCUUCAGUCGGUCAUACACGAACGAUUGGAGUCUGAUCCCGGACUGGGUCGACGUCACCGCUUUCAUCGCAAUUUCCACUUCGCUCGGCCAGAGCUUCUACACAUUCGGACCUUGGUUCCUGUGUAAAUAUCUGUUGACCUGUGCCUUCUUGGGCGGUAUCACCAUGGACCUCCAUAUCGUCGAGUUACUGGUACAGUGCUCUCGGGACGAAAGCCUUUGGAGACAGACCGCGAGCCGAAGUGGUCUGGAUGAAAGUCGCCAAAACGGCGCCUUUCAGGUUGCUAUUGGCAGUUGGGAGACAAUGGCCCUGUUCAUCUUCAAGACGGCCGUACACUGGAUCUUCAGCAUGGGCUUUGGACCUUAUUGGGAAGGCAUCGAGAUGAGGAUACCGCAGAUCUGCUAUUUGGCGGUGUCGUUGUUUUUAGUUUCUCUGUUGGCCACCUACCUCGGGUUGCGGAAGCCGAAGGGGCCACAACCAGCGACGUUCGGGCACUUACCUACGCUGGUCGAUCUCAUAGACGUGUGGCCACGUCAGGGAGGACCAAACGAUGGAGGAAGAAAUGAUGUAGAGGGAGGAGACGAAAAACCAUCUCUCAAGUUGUUUUGGGGGGACAAAGGUGAAGGUGGAGACGGAUUCCGUCGUGCAGGCACGGCACAUAUGGCACUUCAACCAAUAGUCACGACGGCGUUGUAUUUGUGA